AUGAAUAGAUUCACCGAAGAGCAGUUGCAACAGCAGUGGAGAUGGACGCGAAUGACGCCACGUGAACAGCAGGAAUACCGUGAUCGUUUAGCUCAGCGUACUUCUCAACAGCAGUACGUACAGCCACAAGGGCAUCAGCAGCAGGCAGCUGCCCGCCCAAAUUCCCCCCGAGAAAUUAUGGACAGGGCGUUAAGUCACGAUCAGUCAGUCAGUCAUCCGCGACCUUCACAGCAGCAAGACGGGCGGCCAGAAGGACGACUAUCCUCACAGCAGCAGCAGCAUUCGCAACAACAAUGGCAGUUGCGUCAACAACAGAAUGCCCAACAGCGACUGAACCCUAUGCAGUUCCCCGCACAGUCUUUCAACCCAACGCAACUUCCCAGAUCCAGUAGUAUGGCGCCUCCCCCAAAUCCAAACCGUAUUGGGGUCUUCUCGCAGGUUCAGGCCUCCACACGCUCAGUACCAAACGUAUUUUCUUCGAACAGUUUAUCCGGUGCAAAUAUCACUAUGACUGGAAACGGCCAACGGCAACGCCAGAAUGUGGCUCAGAGCGCAUCUAAGCCAUGUGCAUCAAGCCCGCUAUCUGCAUCCUCCCCGUCUUCCACUUCGUCUAGGACUCUUUCACCCCAGAAUGGAGCAACAGCACAAGCAUCAAUGACUGUUACCUCGCCCACUAAAUACCAAAAGCCGUCGACACCUGGCGCCAACUCCCAUAUGCCUGCUCUGCCGCCGUCUACUACGCGAACGCAAAGCCCUGGAUCGGCUCAAGUCACAGGUCGGAAACUUCAGGCAACAGGCGCACCUGAGGGUGCUAGGCCUGCAGACAAGCGGCCAAAUUUGAUGACACAAUCUGUUACCGUCGGCCAUACCACCUUCGCACGCCAAAACACCGCUACGCCUCAUCAGUCAGGCGUAUACCAUCAAGCACACGGUGCCCCAAAUGGCGCACCGAAUGGCGUCGCUCCGACUAUGAGGGAUCCAAAUUUGGAGCGCCGCGAGCAGCAGGCUAAACUUGAUGCUAAGCAUGAGGCAGAACUCCAACGCAUACGGGAGCACCAAAUUAGAGUAGCUGAACAAGCUCGCGUUGCGGAGGAGUAUCAAGUCGCUCAAGCCGCCGCCCUUCAACGAGAGAAGGACGGCAAACGAAGGGAAGAGCUGCGAAAGGACCCCAGCGCAAACUAUCGCCACAUACUCGAGGUCUAUAAGCUAAUGCCGCUGAAGAAGGGCGAGUUGCCCAAUAAAUAUCUGUUGGGACUGAUCGCUAACCGACCGAUGCCGAUGGACCUUGACAGCGACCUUGCGCUCGCGAUCACGUACGCUAAGGACCAUUGGGACUACUACGGACAAUGGCCCAAGGAUGUAGCACGGUUUGCAGGUUAUGAGAGAGAGAGAAGGGCCAAGAAGCUUGCUUAG